AAGAUGUUUUCGGGGUUCUAACUUGUGCGUCUCGGUUCCUCAGAGCUCUGAAGACGGUGGAUGAACUCGCUCAGAAGGUGGAAUUCAAUGGUCCGUCCAUCAGCAUCACUUCCAGACAUCUAGCUUUAGGGAUUUCAACAUUUAACACCACCGUGUUCAAUGGCACGUCCUUCAGUGCCCUCAUACCCACCAACACCACCAACCCUAAGGUUGUCUUUGAGUCGGAGAGUGUUGACCCUGUGGCUCAGGUCAGACUUCCUGCCUCUCUGCUGUCCAGCGUCUCUCUCACUGAGUCCAACAGAGCAGUUCUGUCCAGGAUCAACUUCAUGUUCUUCAAAAAGACCAGUCUCUUCCAGCGGGAGCAGGACGGUCGGUCUUUGAACAGCUAUGUUGUAGCGAGCAGUGUGGGGAACUUGUCCAUCAGUGACCUGAAGGAUCCUGUGGAGAUUGAGAUUGUGCACCUGUCAGAGCAGCUCACUCUGAAUCCAGUGUGUAUGUUCUGGGACUUCUCUCUCAACAAUGGAGCUGGUGGCUGGAACGCAGACGGCUGCAGCGUGUCUGAACAGUCGAGCAGCAACAAAACCGUGUGUCUGUGCGAUCACAUGACACACUUUGGCAUCCUUAUGGACAUAUCUGGUGUCUCAGCUCACAUCGAUUCAAAGAACAACAAGAUUCUGACUUUCAUCACAUACAUUGGCUGCGGCGUCUCCGCCAUCUUCUCCGCCGCUACACUGCUCACAUAUGUCGCCUUCGAAAAAAUCCGCCGUGACUAUCCGUCAAAGAUCCUGAUGAACCUCAGCUCGUCGCUGCUCUUCCUCAACAUGACCUUCCUGCUCGACGGUUGGUUGGCCGCUCUGGACGCUCCCUGGCUCUGCGUGUCCGUGGCCGUCUUCCUGCACUACUUCCUGCUCACCACCUUCACCUGGAUGGGUCUGGAGUCCAUCCACAUGUACAUCGCUCUGGUCAAAGUCUUCAACACCUACAUUCGCAGAUACAUCCUGAAGUUCUGCGUCGUGGGCUGGGGUCUUCCUGCCGUGGUGGUGGGAAUCGUGGUCGCGGUGGACAAAAAUUCGUACGGGCUGCAGGAGUACGGCAGAGUGGAGGCGGGGGAGGGGUCCGAGUUCUGCUGGAUCAAGAACCAGGUGGUCUUCUACGUCACCUGCGUCGGUUACUUCUGUGUGGUUUUCCUGCUCAACGUGGCCAUGUUCGUGGUGGUGAUGCUGCAGAUCUGCGGCCGCAACGGUAAACGCAGCAACCGCUCGCUGCGAGAGGAGAUUCUGAGAAACCUGCGCAGCGUCAUCAGCCUCACUUUCCUGCUCGGGAUGACGUGGGGCUUCGCUCUGUUUGCCUGGGGCCCCGUCAGCCUCGCCUUCAUGUACCUGUUCUCCAUCUUCAACUCGCUGCAAGGUCUCUUCAUCUUCAUCUUCCACUGCGCCAUGAAGGAAAAUGUCCAGAAGCAGUGGAGGAGAUACCUGUGCUGUGGACGCUUCAGGCUGUCAGACAACUCAGACUGGAGUAAGACGGCGACCAACAACACAAAGAAAGUGAGCUCAGACAACCUGGGCAAGUCUCUGUCGUCCAGCUCGUUCAGCUCCAGCACAGCAAACUGGACGUCAAAGGCUAAAGCUACACUUAACCCAUUCACCAAACGACACAGUAACACAGAUAAAAGUUACUCCAACCAGACCAGCCCUAAGUGUGUCUCCUCGUCCUCGUCCUCCUCAGACAUGGAGCCGUCCUCGUCCUCGUCCUCCAUCCUCCCUGUCAGCCAGAUGAUUGACAAGGUGAAAGGUUACUGCUCCACACGUUCUGACAAUUUCUACAAGAACAUCAUCAUGUCCGACAGCUUUGCCCACAGCACCAGGUUCUAGAACUGUCCUCAAGGGUUCUGGGUCCUGGAACUGCUCAGUUGUUCUCAGUGACAGAGGGAGCUUUAAUUAAAUUUCACAAAACAAAGGACAACAGCGGGAUCUGACCCGACUUCUCUGUGAAACCACCGCCAGUGCUAAAGAACCACCCAGGUUCUAGAGCAGAAUCAUUCAGGCUCUAGAACAAUCAGCAACAUUCUAGUACCUAAAGAAUCACCCAGCUUGUAGAACAGAACCACACAGGCUCCAGAACAAUCAAGAACAUUGUAGAACUCCUCAUGAGUCUCAGCCACACAAGCGUUGUAGAACAUUUACCAAGGCCCAUCCAAAGGUUCUAUGUAAUUGAACAUGUUCAAACUUUCUGAGCCUCCCGCAAUUGUAGAACCUCUUCAAGAGUUUGAGAACUCCCCCUGUUCUUAGUCAGAAUGGAGGAUUCCACCCUCCAACAUUCCAGAAACCUCCAACAACAUUGUGAAUUUGUGUGUGAUGGAAUGUGUGAGAAAGUUCUGAAAGACUCAACAACGUUCUAGAGUCCUGGAGAAGAACAUUCAGAACAUUCCAGUGUGUGAAGGAACACAUUAGAACUGUUACUCUGUGGAACCUCCAACGCUUUUGAGCACAACUCAUCGCAACAGAGGACUACAACAGUCUAGGACCCUCUAGAACAUUCUAGAAUCCUGCUUGUGAUAGAACACAUGAGAACACGUUAGAAGUCUCUUAGAGUCCCUAAGUCCUCUGGAACCUCUUGAAGCAGCCAAGAAUGUUUUGGAUCUGUGUUUCUGUCAUUCAAGAACCUCAAGUUAAAAUAAACGUUUGUCAGAGCAGUUUGCUACUGUCAUAAUCUGCUGACUCACCUUCAUCACAGUCACAGAAUAAUGUCUGUGAAAGGUCAGAGGAACCUGACGUGCUCGUGUGUGUGCUCAGUUCUGGACUCGGUUCUGGACUCAGUGCAGGUCAGAGUUUCAAUGAUGAUGAUGACGUGUGGAAAAAGUCGAUCCAGAAACAAAGCUGAGACUGUGCAGAUGUUCCUCAGUGGAAUGUGAGGAACGUGGAAACAUCAGAACCUCGCGUUUGGCUCAGAACCUCCUUCAUGUCACCUGUGGAUGAACGGAUGAAUCUUGGAUGAAUUUUCUGUGAUUUUUCAGCUUCUUAAAUGUGAAUAUUUUCUGUUUUCUUUGCUCCAUAAAAACAAAGAAAUCAUUCAAACAUCAUCAUUUUGUGUUUGUGGACAAAAACGAGACGUUUGAGAACGUCGUCAUUUCAGAGUUUGACAAACACUGAUCAAUAUUUUCUGAACAAACAACUGAUCGAUUAAUGGAGAAAAGAAAAGACAGAUGAAUGGAUGAAUAAGAGCUUUUAGUAAGGACAUUGUUAAAGUGGUCAUGUGACUGUGAUGAUGUGUUCAUGAACAGGAUUUCAAACGUGACGCUGUCAUACUUCAUGGAUUCCUACGUUUGUCAUCAUCUGUGUUAGUUCAUGUGAACACAAGUGAAAGAAAAUAACCCUUUCAUUUCGUCCUACGGUUCAGUGUUUUUUUCCGCGACGUUAAUCAGUGUGAGAUAUGAGUUAAACAAACGUCCAUGUUUGUCUUCAGUUUUCUCGUUUCCAUGGCGACGGAUGAACGCGUUGAUUGUCGCUCAGAGAUGAAGGACGAAUGAAAGCGGAGAUUUAUAACAAUUCUACUAAAGCAGAUGUGAAAGCAGCAAAAGUCCAUUUUAUUGUAAUUCUUUAGAUUAAAUCACACUCGCCGUAACUGAAGUUUUCCACGUGUUUGUGGUUCAGGCGUUGCUAAGCACAUGCUAACAGUUAGCAGCUGGCAGGCGUGUAACUAUGAUAACAAUGUAACGUUUUCAUGAGUUCAAUCUACUGCGGCCAUUUUGGUUUUCUUCCAUUUUCUUUGUUUAAAAACAUUUGUGUGUAAUCUGUAAUCUACACACACACACACACACACACGGGACAGCAAUGUAAAAAAAAAAGUACAUUUCACAGGAAAUGAUCCAGUUUUAUUUCCUGUUUCAACUCACAGAAGCUAAGCUAAGCUAGGGGACGGACGCUGUUCACACACAGGUGUGUGUGUGAACAUGUAAACAUGUUUUUGUGUGGUUGUAAAAGUAAUCUGAUUACUUGUGUGUUUCCUCUCUUACUUAAUUUAAACAUUUCUGCAGUAACUGAUGAAUAUACACGACCUUGUCUGUCUAUGUUGUUUGCUACAUGUAUUAUUAUUAUUAUUAUUAUUGUUGUUGUUGUUGUUGUUAUUACAAUGUUGUUGUUGUUGUUGUUUGGAUGGUGAUGUUCACUGUAGCAUCUCAACAUUAAAGGGAAAUGAAAGACCUGAAA